GCAGCAGCAAAAUCAGUUCAAUUCGCAGCAGUCGCAAAUUGUUGCACAGCAGGAUUCUGGAGCAGCUGUCUUGGCAGAACGAUUGGAAUGUCUGGAGACUGCUUCACAGGGUUGGAGGAGGAGGGUAGCCCCGGCCGACGCAGGCAAAUUCUCUGUCGCCGGCCGAAUGCCGGCGGUGGAAAAGUCGCGGUCAAUGUUAGCCGUUGUGGCUGGAGCAGGCGGAGCAGGAACACCCACGUCGAACGAUCAGAGAAAACGGAGGUGCCCACCGAUGAAUAGAUUCCGCAGCAGGACUGCAAUCUCUUCCAAUACGAGCCCAACUGCAACUGGCCCCAGUUCUGCUACACAGUUGACGAGCACUGUUUCCGGAUCGCCCUUCAAGAGGAGCAUUUCUGCUCCAGGAGCACCCGAACAGGACCUCAAUUCCGAUACAGGAGGUGUGAGCGUGCCGAUACCCCGUACAGACGACGAGACAUUCAACGCGUUCUUCCUGAGCGCCACAGAGACUCCCCCUUCGAACAAUUCUUCUGUCGAGAUCGACAGCGUCGACCUGGACGCGGUGUCUAAGGACGCCCGACAAAUGCUGGUUCUAAGGCGCACUGUGCAGGCACAGCGUGGCAGACGCGCCGGUUCGCGCAACCCGGUUCGAGCCCUCGCCCAACGCGAAGACCUAAGGGACAGCUACGCCGAAGUUAGGACGGAUGUGGCCGAUCGGGAAUUGAAAAGGAUGAAAGUCGAAAAAUUGGCUAAAGGCUCUUCCAUGGCCGUGGAAGCCUUAGCAGGAUUAGCAAGUAAAGAAGACUUCACAGCUGUAAACUUACGAAAGGCAGCAGCCAGUGCCUCGUUCACCAUGGUCCCUCACAAACCCCUAAUGCUCAUACAAGUCAAGGGCAGGAGACACGUCCAGGCCAGGCUGGUUGAACCGGUAGCCUCCAGUAUCAAUUCUGGGGACGCCUAUGUCCUGGUGACACCCGAUGAGGUUUACUUGUAUCUAGGAUUAUAUUCGAAUGUUAUCGAGAGGUCUAGAGGCGCUGAUAUCGUGCAGUGUAUACAGCAGAAGAAGGAUUUGGGUUGUUCGAGUGGUGCUAAGGUUUACACGAUUAAUGAGGAGAAGGUGAUGGUUGGGCAGAGUGUUAAAAAGUUUUGGACGCUGCUUGGAUGUCCGGAAGGAGGCAAGCCCGUCAAAGCCGGUCACCCCGACGAAGACGAGUUGUACGAGUCCGGCAUAGUCGACACCAACAUGGCGUACGAGCUCCAAGGCGACGAACUCGUGCCCUUAGAAAAAUACUGGGGCGGCAUUCCCAGAAUAUCAAUGCUGGACCCAAGUAAAAUCCUGGUGUUCGAUUUUGGUUCCGAGAUGUACGUGUGGAACGGCAAAACCGCCAGCAUCGAUGACCGAAAAAGUGCUUUGAAACUAGCCCAAGAAUUAUGGGCCGAAGGCUAUGAUUACUCGAAUUGUGAUGUGUGUCCUUUGAACGUGACGGAGUUAUUAGGUGAUCGGGGUAUGCGUGAUGAUGAUGUGGUGAAGGCUAAGAAGAGUGAUACUAGGCCUGAAUGGGCUUUGAUUGGUAAAAUCAAUCAGCAUAUGGAAACUGUGCUGUUUCGCGAGAAGUUUUUGGACUGGCCUGAUUUUUCGCGUGUGAUCCAGUCUAAAACUUUAGACAACGGUGAGGAAAAGUGCGCGGAUGCUACUAUAGAUUUAUCACCGUGCAAUGCCAAAACAAUGAUCGACACUAAACCAUCCUUGCCCUCGCUGAAACUAGAAACCGAUGAAGUCGGACGCGGUGACUUUCAUUUCAACGAAGAGUUGGGCAAGCGUUGUGAGAUUACUACUGUUAAGGUCACGGUGUGGAGGGUGCAAGAAUACAAAUCCAGCGAGUUGGAUGACUCCAAAAUCGGGCAUUUCUAUUCCGGUGAUGGUUACGUCGUCCGGUGGCAGUACCUAGUUUCUGUCACCGGUCGCGAGUUGGGGGGUAAGCCGUCCCGGCAUUCCCUAUCCGGGCGUGAUCGUUGUGCCUAUUUUUGUUGGCAAGGACGCACCGCCACAAAUAUUGAUAAAGGUGCUGCAGCCUUAAUGACUGUACAAUUAGACAAAGAACGAGGACCUCAAAUCCGGGUUGCACAAGGCCGAGAGCCCCCGGCGUUUGUCAACUUGUUCUCAGGCGGUAUGAUUGUGCAUGAGGGUAAACGCGGUGAGACUCGGAGUGAUAGGUAUAGACUAUACACUUGUAGGGGUUGUGUGCAAAACGAGGCUGUUUUAGAAGAAGUGCCUUGUAGUAUGCGCCAAUUACGAAGCAGGGCUUCUUUGGUCUUGGUGGAUACUGAAAAUAACACUAUUGUGGUUUGGCAUGGUGCACGCAGUUUGAAGCACGUUAAAGAAGUCGCACGCGCGGCUGCUACAAGAUUGCAAAGCACCAAACCCCAAGACUUAUUUGCAUUCAACCAAAAAGUGACUUUAUCAGAAACCACUGAAGGCAACGAAAACAAUACAUUUUUGGAAGCCUUGGGCGGUUGCAACCGUAAACUUUACGUAUCCAUGAUCAAAUCAACAACCAACACAUUCGACUACACACCAAGACUCUUCCACUUAUCGAGCAUCUCUGGAACCUUCGAACCAACAGAAAUUUUAUGUCCUCUACGUCAUGAUACCCUGCACACUCCAUUUCCGUUCUCCCAAAGAGACCUAUACUCGGUCAGCCAACCUGCGAUAUUUUUACUGGACAACGAGACGUCUCUAUGGUUAUGGCAAGGCUGGUGGCCUCCUGGACAAGAUAUGGACGAUGAUACUGAUUCUGCACUUUUGGGGUCUGACCAGACUGGUUCUGGUGCUGUUCGUUGGCAGGCUGAAAGGAGGGCUGCUAUGCAGACUGCUGUCGAUUAUUGGAAGGUCAAACAUGGUUCUGCGAAGGAUGUUAAGGGAUAUCUGGUGUGGGCUGGAUUGGAGCCUUUGGAGUUUACGAAUUUGUUCCCGGUUUGGCAGGACAGGGACGAUAUUGCGGAAAUCAACAUGAAGGAGGGAAAGAAAGCAGGCGAGCCAAUAUCCCUCCAAGGCGAGCUGUCUCAACUGACCUGCUCCACCUACCAUCCAGAUAUCCUCCUCCAAAGACCUCUACCCGAAGGUGUAGACCCUACAAGACUAGAACUCUAUUUGGAGCCAAGAUACUUCAAGGAACUCUUAGGAUUGACCAAGGAGGAAUUCAACGAACUGCCCACGUGGAAACAGACCAAGGUCAAAAAGGACAAGGGUUUAUUUUAGACUUUUUUACACAUUUUUUAUAUUUAUGAUAUUAUCGAAAGGCAAACGACGAUUUUUUAAAUAAAUGUUGAGAUUUUUUUGGAAACGUCUUUUUGGAUACUGCCUCGGAAAAGUGAUACGCGAAAUUUGUAUAGAUUUAAAAAGUAAUUUAGCUUGUAAGUAUAUGCAUAUUUAUUCAUUUUUAUAUAUAUGAUAUGAUGACACGACAAGGUAACUUAAACGUAAUCGAUAGUUUUAUUGAUAGAUGAAUUUUUUUGAG